AUGGUGCACAUUCUUGGCACGUUGCUACCAGAGAAACAGCUAGUCAAGUUCGCGUUGACACAUUUCUAUGGCAUCGGACACCAAACUGCUGCACGGAUCUGUGCCCGUGCUCAGAUACACGACAGGUGCAAGAUUCGCGGGCUCACAUCCCCACAAAUCACGACCUUGACGGCUUUCCUGUCUUCGCCGUCUACCGCGCCCACCCUGCCUUCCUUCCCGCUCGCGACGCUGGAUUACGUCCCUCCUCGGCCACUCGGUGCCGAGCUACGCAGGGAGAUCAGGGAUAACAUUGCGCAUCUGCGAAACAUCGGGAGUUACGUGGGGAGGCGGCAUGCUCAGGGAUUCCCCGUCAGGGGGCAGAGAACCCACUCCAACGCGAAGACGGCGAGGAAACUCAACAGGGUCGUGCGGUACUCAUAG